AUGUCCGGCUCCAUCGCCUCGUACGACCAGCUGGUGCGGCAGGUGGAGGCGCUGAAGAAGGAGAACACCCACCUCCGCCGCGAGCUGGAGGACAACUCCAACCACCUCUCCAAGCUGGAAAAUGAGACGUCGGACAUGAAGGAGGUCCUGAAGCACCUGCAGGGCAAGCUGGAGCAGGAGGCGCGGGUCAUGGUGUCCUCGGGGCAGACGGAGGUGCUGGACCAGCUGAAAGCUCUGCAGAUGGACAUCAGCAGCCUCUACAACCUCAAGUUCCCGGCGGCGGCCCCGGAGGCGGCCGGCGCCGGGCGCAGCCCCGAGGACAGCCCGCUGCACGCCGCGGCGCCCCGGGGCAAGGACGGCGUCGGGGACCUGAGCCGGGCCACCGUCCGCCUCCUGGAGGAGCUGGACCGCGAGAGGUGCUUCCUGCUGGGCGAGAUCGAGAAGGAGGAGAAGGAGAAGGGCUGGUACUACACGCAGCUGCAGAGCCUCUCCAAGCGCCUGGACGAGCUGCCCCACGUGGAGACGUUCUCCAUGCAGAUGGACCUCAUCCGGCAGCAGCUGGAGUUCGAGGCCCAGCACAUCCGCUCGCUGAUGGAGGAGCGCUUCGGCACGGCCGACGAGAUGGUGCAGCGGGCGCAGAUCCGGGCAUCCCGGCUGGAGCAGAUCGACAAGGAGCUCAUGGAGGCUCAGGACAAGGUGCAGCAGGAGCCGCAGCUCUGCGGGAAGCUGCCGGGCGCGGAGGAGGACGGCAGCCUCGACGUCCCGACCCAUCCCGAGGACGGGGGCGGCAGCCUGGGCAACAGCAAGGUGGAGGUGGUCUUCUGGCUCCUGUCCAUGCUGGCGACGCGGGACAAGGACGACAUGUCCCGCACGCUGCUGGCCAUGUCGAGCUCGCAGGAGAGCUGCCUGGCCAUGCGCAAGUCGGGCUGCCUGCCCCUGCUCAUCCAGAUCCUGCACGACACGGACCGGGAGCCGGGGCCCCCCGAGAGCCCCGCCGGCGCCAAGGACGCCCGCAUGCGGGCCAACGCCGCCCUGCACAACAUCGUCUUCUCGCAGCCCGACGAGGGCCAGGCCAAGAAGGAGAUGCGGGUGCUGCACGUGCUGGAGCAGAUCCGCUCCUACUCGGAGACCUGCUGGGACUGGCUGCAGAUGCAGAGCCGCGACGGCGGCAAGGGCCCGGAGGGCGGCGCGGCGCCGGUGCCCAUCGAGCCCCAGAUCUGCCAGGCCACCUGCGCCAUCAUGAAGCUCUCCUUCGACGAGGAGUACCGGCGCGCCAUGAACGAGCUGGGUGGGCUGCAGGCAGUGGCCGAGCUGCUGCAGGUGGACUACGAGAUGCACAAGAUGACGAGCGACCCACUGAACCUGGCGCUGAGGCGCUACGCGGGGAUGGCCCUCACCAACCUCACCUUCGGCGACGUGGUCAACAAGGCGACGCUGUGCUCCCGCCGCGGCUGCAUGGAGGCCAUCGUGGCCCAGCUGGCCUCCGACAGCGAGGAGCUGCACCAGGUGGUGUCCAGCAUCCUGAGGAACCUCUCCUGGCGGGCCGACAUCAACAGCAAGAAGGUGCUGCGGGAGGUGGGCAGCGUGACGGGGCUGACGCAGUGCGCGCUGCACGCCACCAAGGAGUCGACGCUCAAGAGCGUCCUCAGCGCGCUCUGGAACCUGUCGGCGCACAGCACGGAGAACAAAGCUGCCAUCUGCGUGGUGGAGGGAGCCCUGGGCUUCCUGGUGAGCACCCUCACCUACAAGUGCCAGAGCAACUCGCUGGCCAUCAUCGAGAGCGGGGGUGGCAUCCUCAGGAACGUGUCCAGCCUCAUCGCCACGCGUGAGGACUACAGGCAGGUGCUCCGGGACCACAACUGCCUGCAGACGCUGCUGCAGCACCUGCGGUCGCACAGCCUCACCAUCGUGAGCAACGCCUGCGGCACGCUCUGGAACCUCUCCGCCCGCAGCCCCAAGGACCAGGAGCUGCUCUGGGACCUGGGGGCCGUCAGCAUGCUGCGCAACCUCAUCCACUCCAAGCACAAGAUGAUCGCCAUGGGCAGCGCCGCUGCCCUCCGCAACCUGCUCACCAACCGGCCCCCCAAGUACAAGGAUGCCACCGUCAUCUCCCCAGGCUCCUGCAUGCCUUCCCUCUACAUGAGGAAGCAGAAGGCUCUGGAGGCCGAGCUGGAUGCGAAGCACUUGGCCGAGACCUUUGACACCAUGGAGAAGCAGAGCCUGAAGAGCCAGAGCGUGAAGAAGCCGAUGCGGCACAUGGAGAGCCUCGUGAAGGACUACGCCUCUGACUCCGGCUGCUUUGAUGAUGAUGAAGUGCCCAACGUCUCGACCGGAGUGGAGACGGGCAACACCUCUGUCCUCUCCAUGUUCCUCAAUUCCUCCUUCCUCCAAGGCCAGGCCCUGCCUCGGGCUCUUGCACAGAGGAGGUGUCCGGAGCCAGAGAAGGACACCAGCAGCAAGCCGGCCGAGCCCAAGAAACCACCGUUGCCAGAGGAUGAUGUUUCCCUGGCUGCCGAGAAGCUGGCCAACAAGAUCUCCAGCACGGUAGCCAAGAUCGACAAGCUGGUGGAAGACAUCUCCACCAUGCACACGUCCUCAGAUGACAGCUUCAGCCUCAGCUCCGAGGACCACUGCCUGGACUGGCAGUACGGCACCGAGGAGGCGCACGAGGCGCGCGCCCAGUCCUGCUCGCCGUGCCGCCUCUCGGACACCAGCGGCUUCGUGAAGCGGGAGAACCUGAGCCGGGCACACACGCUGCUGCGGCUGAAGACGGCCUACACCAGCCUGUCCAACGACAGCCUCAACAGCGGCAGCACCAGCGACGGCUACUGCACCAAGGAGCACAUGAAGCCCUGCACCCGAGCCCCCUUCCUCGACUACCGCGAGGAGCUGCAGCGGUACCAGAAGCGCCCCAGCAGGCUUGACCUCAAGAAACAUCCUCAGCAACAAGCCCGAAAGGAUGUGGGCAGCAAGCUUUCAUCCGACCCGCAGGUCCACACGAUCAAACUCUCCCCGUCCUACCAGCACAUUCCCCUGCUUGAGAACCUGGCCAAGAGCAGCUCGGCUGCGAGUGCUGGGGGGCUGGCCGGCACUGGCCACCACCCCUCGCUCCUGGGCAGAAAGCAAGCCUGGCUGCCCCCUGUGCUUCUGCAGACAUCCGAGACCCUCAGCAAGAUCCCGGAGAAGCUGUCUGCCCACCCGCCAACCACGGCGGAGCAGGAGUCGGUGCAGAAGUACUCAGUGGAGGACACCCCAAUCUGCUUCUCCCGGUGCAGCUCACUCUCCUCCCUUUCCUCGGCUGACAACGUCCUGGACGGGCAGAGCCACAGCGAGAACGACAUCGAUAGUGACUCCUCUCUGGAGAUCAUUGAGAUGGAGGAAGGGGAGGGGGAGCCUGAGGAUGGGAGACAGGAGAAGGAGAAGGCAGUAGAUCAAGGCCCAACCACACCAGUCGGGAUUUCCCAGCCCAUCACAAUCCCCUUCCAGAAGCGUGACAAGGUCUUCUUGCGGGAGUCAUCCCCAUCACGCCACGAGGACCUCACACCCUCAAGCUCAUCAGAGAACUACAUCCAGGACACGCCGCUGGUGAUGAGCCGGUGCAGCUCCGUCAGCUCCCUGGGCAGCUUCGAGAGCCCGUCCAUCGCCAGCUCCAUCCAGAGUGACCCUUGCAGCGAGAUGAUCAGCGGCACCAUCAGUCCCAGUGAGCUGCCCGACAGCCCCGGGCAGACCAUGCCACCCAGCCGCAGCAAGACACCCCUCUUUGAGCUGGGGUGCCAGCCGGAGAAGGAGACCAGCCAGUUCAACAUCCAGUGGGAGAACAAUGUCAAGAAGUUCAUGGAGAUCACUGACUUCAAGGAGCGCUUCCAGCUGCCCCAGGACCUGGACUCCAUGGUCUACUUUACGGUGGAGAAACCCAACGAGAACUUCUCCUGCGCUUCCAGCCUCAGUGCCCUGCCGCUCCACGAGCACUAUGUCCAGAAAGACGUGGAGCUCAAGCUGAUGCCCACCUUUCCGGAGAAGAACAGCCUGAACUUUGCGGCUCAUGAGAAGCGGGACGACAGGCGGGAGGAGCGGUACCUGGAGGGCAGGAGGCGGGCGGACCGCCUGGAGCCCAACUCCGACGAGGACAUCGAGAUCCUGAAGGAGUGCAUCAACUCCGCCAUGCCCUCCCGCUUCCGCAAGGUGAAGACGUCCCUGCUUUCCGGCCAGGUGCUGCACCCGCAGACCAAGAAGGCCGUGCACGUGCCCGUCUACAUGCUGGUGCCCGCCCCCUCGCACCCCGGCGACGACGACUCCUUCACCGACUCGGCGGACGGCACCCCCGUCAACUUCUCCAGCGCCGCCUCGCUGAGCGACGAGACCCUCCGCUACCCCACCAAGGAGGAGGCCGAGCACCAGCACGGCCCCGCGAGGAGGCCGGAGAGGAGGGAGGCGGCGGCGGCGCCGCCCGGGGGGGCGCAGCCGGGCCGAGGGGCGCCGGGAGCCAGGGAGCGCCGGCGGCGCGGCGGGGAAGAGGUCCUCCUCGAGCGGCUCCACGCCGACCCGCGGGAGCUCAGCCUGCAAGCCCGCGGCAGGCUCGAGCGGGGCCGGCGCGACGCGGCCGGGCAGGGGCCACGGCGCGGAGGCCAAGCGGGGGCCGGCCGCCCUCCAAGAGCGGCGCGGAGCCCGGAGCUGGACUCCCUGUGCCACACCACGCCGACGGAGGAGGCCGUCUACUGCUUCUACGAGCACGACUCCGACGAGCCGCCGGAGGCCGGGAAGGACGCGCCGGGCGGGAGAGCCCGGCCCGGCCGGGUGCCACGCAGCGAGCGCCGCGGCGGCUCCGUCUCCCGGCGGGAGCCCGAGCCCAGCGGCCGGCAGGCGCCCGCCAAGGUGAAGGCGGCUGCCAAGCUGCAGCACAACCUCAUCGCGGACGAGACGCCGCCGUGCUACUCGCUGAGCUCCUCCGUGAGCUCCCUGAGCGACGCCGACCCCUCCGACGGCGAGGGCCGGGCGCAGCCCUACGGCAAAGCCGCCCGGCCGCGGGCCGGCGGGGCGCCGGGCCUCAACUCCGAGGACGACCUGCUGCAGAAGUGCAUCGGCUCGGCCAUGCCCACGCGGCGGCGGCUCCCGGCCUCAAGGUCUCCAGCGCCAAGAGCCUCGGCGGGAGGGGAGCGGACGGCCGAGGCCAGGCACCGCCCCGCCGAGGACGCCGGCUCCGACCGCGGCUCCGACCUGGACAGCGUGGAGUGGAAAGCCAUCCAGGAGGGCGCCAACUCCAUCGUCACCUGGCUGCACCAGGCCGCGGCGUCCCUGUCGCGGGAGCCCUCCUCCGAGUCGGACUCCAUCCUCUCCUUCGUGUCGGGGCUCUCGGUCGGCUCCACCCUGCAGCUCUCCCUGGAGCGGACGGAGAAGAAACGGGCCGCGGCGGCGGCGGCGGCGGGGGCCGAGAAGAGAGAGCGUGCCAAGGGCCCCGCGGAGGGGAGGAAGGCGCCGGAGGCCCGGGCCGCGGGCGGCAGGAGCGCCGGGGCGGCCAGGAGCCCGGCGCCGCAGAAGCCGAUGCCGAACCUGCCCGUGGUUUUCCGCGGCAGGACCGUGAUCUACAUGCCCAGCCUGGCCAAGGAGGCGCCCAGCCCGCGGUCCACCCCGAAGAAAAGCGCCGCGGCGAAGCCCGAGGCGCCGGCCAAGAACCUCUCGCUGAGCCAGCAGCGGUCGCGGAGCCUGCACCGGCUGGGGAAGGCCCCGGAGCCGGGCGAGCUGGCGCUGCCGCAGCGCAGCACCACGCCGCCCGCCCGCCUGGGCAAGGGGCCGCCGUCCUCGGGCUCCUCCCGCACCUCCACGCCGUCGCAGCCCGCGCCGCGGAAGCUGCCGGCGCCCUCGCAGGGCCCCGCGCCGGGCGCCAAGGCGGGCGGCAGCUCCCCGCCGGCCAGAGCGCCGGCGCCCAAGUCCCCGGCGCCCAGGCAGCACAAGACGCAGAAGUCGCCCGUGCGCAUCCCCUUCAUGCAGAAGCCCAGCAGGAAGGCGCUGCCGGGCCGCGGGCCGCUGCCGGCGCUGGAGGAGCGGGCGGGCAGCGCCAAGCUGCGCGGCGGCGGCGGGGGGCCGCGGGGGCCGCCGGCCGGCCGGCUCGACCUGGUGCGCGUGGCGUCGGCACGCUCCAGCGGCAGCGACUCGGACCGCUCCGGCUUCCUGCGCCAGCUCACCUUCAUCAAGGAGUCGUCCAGCCUGCUGCUGCGGCACCGCGCCGAGCUGGCGCCGGCCGCCGGCGCCUCGCCGCGCGCAGCCCGCGCCGCCCUGCCCGCCGUCUUCCUCUGCUCGUCCCCGCUGCGAGGAGCUCAAGGCGGCCAGGGCGGCAUCGGCGGCGCCCGGCCCGCGGCCCCCGCGGCCCCCGCGGCUCAGCCCGGCGGCAAAGCGCCCGCCAGCACCAAGGCUCCCCGGAGAACCAGCUCGGAGAGCCCGUCCCGGCUGCCGGUGAAGAGCGGCGCCGCCGCCGCCGCGCCCGAGCCCUUCAAGAGGUACUCGUCCUCGCCCAACAUCAGCGUGGCCCGGCGGGCCGGCAGCCCCUGCUCCGUGCUCUCCGCCGGCUCCGAGCCCGCGGCGGCGCCGCGGCGGUGGCGCCGGCCCGAGGAAAGCGCCGCGGCGCCGGCGGAGAAGCCGCUGCCGGCGAAGGGGACCUGGCGGCGGAUCCGGGACGAAGACAUCCCGCACAUCCUCAAGAGCACGCUGCCGUCCUCGGCGCUGCCGCUGGCCAGCGCCGCGGAGGAGGAGGAGGAGGAGGAUGCGGCGAGCCCCGGCGGCCCGAGGAAGACCAGCGACGCCGUGGUGCAGACCGAGGACUUCGCCGCCGCCAAGACCAACUCCAGCACCUCGCCCACGCUGGAGAGCCGAGCGGGGCCCGAGCGUGGCCGCGCCGCCGGCGCCGCCCAGGGCCUGGCCCCCGCCAAGGGCCCCCUGCCCAUCUUCGGCCACGAGCCCGCGGCCGGCGGCAGCUUCCCCGGCAGCCGGCACGGCUCCCCCAGCCGAGCCGCCCGCGUCACCCCCUUCAACUACGUCCCCAGCCCCAUGGCCGUGGCCGUGGUGGCCGACAAGCCGGUGGAGAAAAUCCAGGCUUAAGCAGCUGCUGCAGAUGAUAAACCAGCUCCACGCGGGCGCCCGCAUCCCGCGCCGCUGGAGCGGGAAGAGCCCGGGAGCCGCAGCGCC